CUGUCAUCAUGGCUCUGGCCGUGCUGCGCCUCCUGGACCCCUUCCCGGCCGAGACUCCCCCGCUGGCGGUGCUGGUGCCGCCGGGGGGCCCGUGGCCGGCGGCGGGGCCGGGCCUGGUGCUGGCCCUGCGGCCCGCGGGGGAGAGCCCGGCCGGCCCGGCGCUGCUCGUGGCGGCCGUGGAGGGCCCGGGCGCGGGGCCCGCGGAGCAGCGCCCCGGGCCGCCGCCGCUGCUGGUCAGCCGCGCGCUGCUCCGGCUCCUGGCCCUGGGCUCCGGGACGUGGGUGCGGGCGCGGCCCGUGCGCCGGCCGCCCGCGCUCAGCUGGGCGCUGCUGGGCACGGGGCCGGGCCCCGCGCUCGCGCCGCGGGUCGGGCCGCUGCUGGUGCGGCGCGGAGAGACGCUGCCGGCGGCCGGCCCGCGGGUGCUGGAGACGCGGCCGGCGCUGCAAGGGCUGCUGGGGCCAGGGACGCGGCUGGCCGUGACCGAGCUCCGGGGCCGGGCCAAGCCGGGCCCCGAGACGGGGGACGUCGGCCGGCCCCCGCCUCCGCCGCUGGUGUCCUCCUUCGCGGCUUGCCCCACCGCCCGGCGGCUUCGGGGCGUGCUGGGAGGGACGGGCGAGUCCCUGGGCGUGAGCCGGCGCUGUCUCCGGAACCUCGGCCUCUUCCAGGGGGAGUGGGUGUGGGUGACCCGGGCUGGGGAGGCGGCCAGCACUGGCCAGCCGCACCUGGCCACGGUGCAGGCGAUCGAGCCUCCCUGGGACCUCGCCGGGAGACUGGGCCCCGGCGCUGGGCAGCUGGAGGAGCCCCUCGCCGACGAACUGGCCUUCUUGCCUGCCACUCUGGUUUUUAAUCUUGGCUGUGAUCCCUUGGAAGUGGGAGAGCUCAGAAUUCAGAGGUUCUCGGAAAGCAGCAGCACCCCUGAAGACCAGAGAAGCUGCUCCAUGCUGUCUGGGCCACCGUUUGCUAAAGAGCUGCACGUCGAGAUCGUGUCCUCUCCCCAUUACAGCACUAGCGGGAACUAUGACCGUGUUCUCUACCGGCACUUUCAGACGCCCAGGGCAGUCCAGGAAGGAGAUGUUCUGUGUGUGUCAACAGUUGGGCAAGCAGAGACCCUGGAAGGAAGCCCAGAGCAGCUGCCCAGGUGGUGGGACGUGUAUUUUAAAGUGAAAAAAACAGUUGGAGAAGCUGUGUCUGGGCCAGCCAGUGCCUACUUGGCCGACACCACCCACACCUCCUUGUACCUGGUGGGCUCCACUCUCAGUUCUGUGCCUUCGGCCCCGGCCACUCUCUGGCACAGCCUGUCUCCACCGGGCCUGGAGGCCCUGGUGACCGAGCUCUGUGCUGCCCUGAAGCCUCGCCUCCACCCGGGGGGGGCACUGCUGACAGGAGUGGGCGCUGUCCUCCUGCGGGGCCCCCCGGGCAGCGGGAAGAGCACAGCCGUGGCUGCCGCCUGCAGCCGUCUGGGACUGCAUCUGCUGAAGGUGCCCUGUUCCAGCCUCUGUGCAGACAGCAGCGGAGCGGCGGAGACCAAGCUGCAGGCCGCCUUCUCCCGGGCCCGGGGCUGCCGGCCGGUGGUUCUGCUGCUGACAGCUGCACACCUGCUGGGCCGGGACCGCGACGGGCUGGGUGAGGAUGCCCGCGUGGUGGCCACGCUGCGCCGGCUGCUCCUGGACGAGGACCCCCAGAGCAGUGGGCCUCCCCUCAUGGUGGUGGCGGCCACCAGCCGGGCCCAGGACAUGCCCGCCGAUGUGCUCACGGCCUUCCCCCACGAGCUGGAGGUGCCCGUGCUCAGCGAGGCGCAGCGGCUCAGUGUCCUGCGCGCUCUCACGGCCCACCUGCCCCUCGGCCAGGAGGUGAGCCUGGCACAGCUGGCACGGCGCUGUGCGGGCUUUGUGGUGGGAGAUCUCCAGGCUCUCGUGGCCCACAGCAGCCGGGCAGCCUGCAGCAGGAUCAGGCACGCAGGCGAAGAGGAGGAGGCGUCGCUGUGUGCCGCCGGCUUCCCCCUCCUGGCCGAGGACUUCGGGCAGGCCCUGGAGCAGCUGCAGGCCGCUCACUCCCGCGCCGUGGGAGCCCCCAAGAUCCCCUCCGUGUCCUGGCACGACGUGGGCGGGCUGCAGGAGGUGAAGCGGGAGAUCCUAGAGACCAUCCAGCUGCCCCUGGAGCACCCCGAGCUGCUGACCCUGGGGCUGAGGCGCUCGGGCCUUCUGCUGCACGGGCCCCCGGGCACCGGCAAGACCCUCCUGGCCAAGGCCGUGGCCACCGAGUGCAGCCUCACCUUCCUCAGCGUGAAGGGGCCUGAGCUCAUCAACAUGUACGUGGGCCAGAGCGAGGAGAACGUGCGGGAAGUAUUUGCCAGGGCCAGGGCCGCGGCUCCCUGUAUCAUCUUCUUCGAUGAACUGGACUCCUUGGCCCCAAGCCGGGGCCGAAGUGGCGAUUCUGGAGGCGUGAUGGACAGGGUGGUGUCCCAGCUCCUGGCUGAGCUGGACGGGCUCCACAGCUCCCGGGAUGUGUUCGUGAUCGGAGCCACCAACCGACCGGACCUCCUGGACCCCGCCCUCCUGCGGCCUGGCCGAUUCGACAAGCUGGUUUUUGUGGGGGUCAGCGAGGACCGUGCCUCCCAGCUGCGGGUGCUGAGUGCCAUCACGCGCAAGUUCAAGCUGGAGCCGGCUGUGAGCCUGGUGCACGUGCUGGACCGCUGCCCACCCCAGCUGACCGGCGCUGACCUCUACUCCCUCUGCUCAGAUGCCAUGACCACAGCCCUCAAACGCAGGGUUCGGGAGCUGGAGGAGGGGCUGGAGAGCGGGAACUCAGCGCUGCAGCUCACCAUGGACGAUCUGCUGCAGGCCGCCGCCCGGCUGCAGCCCUCGGUCAGCGAGCAAGACAUGCUGCGCUACAAACGCAUCCAGCGCAAGUUUGCGGCCUGACUCAGCCCUGCGGCCGGCCGCGCUUCUGGGACUCAGUUGUGUGAGGCCUGGCUUCCCACGCCUCACGGAGCAUCCGCUUCAUGAGUCCAGUUCCUGAGCACUCUCGGGGACUUGGAGAAGCAAGGGCUCUUCCCCAAGCCACCGGAAGACCCCCAGGAGUCCCCCCUGCCGUCUGCCUGCUCCCCUCCCAGGACAGCCCAAGACAGAAGCCCAUCUGCUCAGAAGGAAGAUGGGGCUUGGGGUGCUGGGGAUGGGAGGGACCCCAGCGAGUCUCCAACUGUGGC